GGGAAGUGUGCUGUGUACCGAACGCUCUACGAGAUCUGAGAGCCUAGCGGAAACCCGUAAGCUUCCCAUGUAAGCCAGGUGGCCUCAUCAAAUAUGUUAAUUGCUGUUAUGAGGAUUUUUAGAAAAGGAAACAUUGCGGCUGUCUUUGUGCUGGGAGCUAUUUGCAUGAUCAUUUACUUCUGUCAGUACAGACCUGACCUUACAAACCACAAUUUCUCCAGCCGCACACUGAGUGAUGCCUUUCAUGAUGACAAUCAAUCAGAAACUGUCAUCAAACCAUACACACAUGAAUUUUUUGUUCCAAAAUGUGAAGCAAACAUGUUGGUAGCUGACAUGAAAGACUUCAGCUCUCUUCCCGAUACUAUAAAAAAUUUCUUGUACUACCGCCACUGCCGCACUUUUCCCCUGCUGCUAGACCUGCUAGACAAGUGUGGGGGAGAUAACGGGUCCAAAGAAGUCUUCCUUCUGCUCGUCAUCAAAAGCUCUCCUUUGAAUUAUGACCGUCGGGAAGUGCUGCGUAAAACCUGGGCCAGAGAGAGGCUCCAUAAUGGUGUGUGGAUUCGACGGAUAUUCAUCCUAGGAACAUCAGGUUCGGGUUACGAGAAGAAAAAGCUAAACAAAUUACUGGAAGCAGAACAAGAGGACUUCAAUGACAUCCUCCAGUGGGAUUUUGAUGACACGUUUCACAACCUCACACUGAAACAAAUGCUAUUUUAUGGGUGGAUGGAGAGAAACUGUCCAAAUGCUCGCUUCCUGCUUAACAGCGACGACGAUGUGUUUGCCCACACUGACAACAUGAUAGAAUAUCUCCAACACCUCCCUGACAAUGAUGGAAGCAAGCACCUUUUCACUGGCUACUUGUUUCUGAACGAAAAGGUCGUCAGAUGGAAGGAAAGCAAAUAUUUCAUUCCAGUCCAGGUGCAGGAGUCAAACACAUACCUACCUUACUGUGGAGGAGGGGGAUACCUUCUGUCCAGCUACACGGCUUUGGUGAUAUACAAGAUGUCGCAGUCCAUACCCAUCCACCCCAUUGAUGAUGCUUACAUGGGGAUGUGUCUCGCCAAAGCAGGACUUUCACCUUCUUCUCACAUCGGUGUGAAAACAUUAGGGCUAAAUAUGCCAUCUAAAGGAGCAGACCAUCUUCAACCUUGCUAUUUGAGAGACCUUCUAUUAGUACACAGAUUUCUACCAGCUGAUCUGUAUUUGAUGUGGAAAGAAGUUCAUAAUCCACAUUUGAAAUGUAACCCCUGAAAGAAACAAAAAUAAGGAUUCCAGUCUGUUGGAUAAAUGGACUGUAACUUCAAGAUGCCAUAAAACGGCUGGGUGGGUUUUUUUUUAAUCAUUUGGGCUCUUUUCAGAAGCUUGAAGGUUAUUUUAAAAGGGUUAUUUUAAUCAUUCAAAGGUGGAUUCAUUGAACUCAAAUUCUAAUUUAUUUAUUGUAUAUGACUGUGUAGGUUGCAGGUUUAUAAGAAGAAAGACAAUCUCUAUUUUAAGCUAAAGAAAGAAAACCAGGGAAGCGAAUGCUAGGCAUGACUUGUCUAAAUAUUUACAUGGUUUUUCUUUUCUAUUUAUUUUCAUGUUUGAAACAGUGAUUUUCAAACAUGAAAAUAUGGCUAAUUUUUACGGUCAGUCAUAUUGUGAAAGUAAUACAAACUUUUGUUAAAAUGUGGACAAAUGAGGAUAAGUUUGUGCGAACAGACAAUGUGGCUGACCUACAAUCGGUUUAUUGAAUGGAGCUAUUUAACCUCUUCCUAAUUACAUGUGAGGGUGACGUGCCUGGCAGCAAUAGGUUAGCUUGCUGCUGAAUAGAGUUUGUUAUUUUCCAUCCAUCCAUUAAUUAAUUGAUUAAUUAAGAAGGGAGGCCCAGACUUCCCUCUCCACAGUCACAUGUUCCAGCUCUUCCGGGGGAAUCCAAGGCGUUCCCAGGCCACCUGAGAGUCUCUCCAGCGUGUCCUGGAUCUUCUCCAUGGCCUAAAGAUUCCAGGACGAUUAUCUUUAGGGACCUAAAGAUAAUUCAGUAGGACAUUUUGUCAUUUUUAACACUGUUUUACACGUCGGCCCAGAAGUCCACUGAUGAGUGGACUAAUGUCUCACCACAAGUACCAAAGCAAAGCGCCAAAGUUUAUUAACAGAUAACAAAAGAUAGUUUAGGUAAACAGUAAGAUGGAAUAAGCCCUGAGGUCUAACAAAUUUCUCCACUGGAUCUCACAAGCUGAGAGUACCUAGAAGGUCUGACAAUGUUUUUGGUAUGGAAAGUUGUUCCAUUAGCAUCCUGAUUUUUGGAAACUCCCAUAUUUUGAACAAGAAGAUGUUUAUCAUCUAAAUAAACUGACCUUUCAGUAAGGAAGAGGUUGUAUCCUGUCCACCUUGUGGCUACAUAACUGUGCAGUAAACCUGUUCAACUGGAAUUGACUGAGCCGAGGGAGAGACCAUGUUGCAUAAAGACUCCUAUAUAUUGUGAGAGCUUGCAGCUCCAAGUCAGAACUCAUUGUAGGUACAGCUGUUGUGCUUUGGUUGCUGUGUGUUCUCCGUUUGCAAACGACAGAAAUAAAAGAAUUUUGCUAUUUGC